CGACGAGCACCCCAACUUCGCUCCCAUGAUGCCCACGGUGCUGGCGGGCCGCUUCGCUCGACGGCCGUGGCGGUUCGUGGUGCCCGGCCUGGUGCUGUUCUUCGUGGCCUACACGCUCUCGCACCGGCGGCCGCACGUGCAGCCCCCCGUGCACAAGGCCAAGACCAAGUCGUUCUUCCCGCCGCUCGAGCAGAAGCAGGCCAACGCCGUCGAGCUCGACUACUGCCACAACUUCCCCACGCAGCUGCUCGACGAGGUGCAGGUGGUGCUGCGCGUCGCGUCCAGCGAGGGCGCCGCCAACCGGGCCCACGUCGGCACCGUGUCGAGCUGCAUCACCAACCUGCUCAUCGUCGGCGACGGCGACGAGCGCCUGGGCGACCGCCACGUCGUCGACGUCCUGGCCGACCUGCCCAAGAGCUACGAGGCCGCCCACGCCGACUUCCGCGCCUACGUCGAGCAGAAGAAGGCCCACAGCGAGGGCGAGGCGACCAAGGAGUCGCAGCGCGCCUUCAAGCUCGACCGCUUCAAGUACCUGCCCAUGGUCGACAAGGCCUACGCCACCAACCCGCGCGCCAAGUGGUUCGUCUUCCUCGAGUCGGACGUCUACUUUGUGUGGGACACGCUGUUCCGCCUGCUGAGCCAGCUCGACCCCGCCGAGCCGCACUACAUGGGCGCCCCGCACAAGGGCUCCAACGACCGCUGGUUUGCCUAUGGCGGCGCCGGCUUCGUCCUGUCGCAGGGCCUGAUGAAGCAGCUGAUGCCCGCCAAGACGCCGCUGAGCCUGCGCUACGAGACGUGGCUGCAGGGCGAGCAGCGCGGCGACUCGGUCCUCGCCUACGCCAUCCAGAACGCCACGGGCGUCCGCCUCGAGGCCCUGUACCCGACCUUUGCCAGCGACCAGCUCAAGGACGUCACCACGACGCGCGACCGCUGGUGCGUCCCGCUGCUCUCGCUGCACCAGAUCAAGCCCGAGCAGAUGGAGGACCUGUGGAAGUGGGAGCGCACACGGCCCUACAACCUGAAACCCUUUACCUACUCCUCCCUCCUCUCCUACACCCACUCCUUCCUCUCCCAGGGCCCCUCGCGCGAGUGGUGGGACAACCUCUCCACCGCCCCGGUCCCCAACGACCGCCCCGCCCACCGCAACGCCAACUCGUGCGGCUCAGAGUGCGCCAACGACGCCCACUGUCUGCAGUGGUCCUACUCGCAGACCGUCUGCCGCCAUGCAGACUACAUCAAGCUCGGCGACGCCGUAAACAGAGAGAACGGCGGCCAGGGCGAGUUCGUCUCAGGCUGGGACUCGGGCAAGCUGAGGAACCUGGGCUUUGGGGUAGUGGGGGAAAAGGGCGAGAGACGCUUCUACGAGGGCUGUGAGGAGGCUACAUGGCUGACUCCGCAGGUGCGGUGAGUCGAGAAUAAGACGUGUAUCAACACUUGGUUGGGAGGCGUUGCUGUUGUCACGAUCAUGUAUGGCGUUUUGGAUCCUUGCACACUACCACUCUGGAUACGAAAAGGUUGUUGUCUAGACUAGGGGCGAAAGCAUAUUUAGCAUGUUGGGUUAACUGGCUGAUAUCUUUGGCUUGAUGGGUUGAGCAUGUAUAGCUUAUAGUAGUUCUUUCUCCUCUUCCAUUCUGGUAUGCGUGGUGAAUCUGUAGUCGCAUUCGCUCUCGCCUGGAUUCCAUACGAAACGGGUGCCGUGUCUAUUAUUACUAUCAAACAAACGCGAUGAUCAUUCGGCC